AUGUCUUUACCGAAAAAUUCAAUUCAUAUUGAAAGCAACUCAGUGAGCCGCUCUCCUAUAAAUAGCAAGAAUAAUUCUAGCGUAGAGCAGUUAAAAGGAAAAAAUCGCCAGUCACCAGUCACUUUUGAACGAGAAGUUGUCAGAAGAAGUACAAGUGCCGAGAGUACAUGCUCGGCGACCAUGUCGAACCAACUAGCGACAACGGAUAAGGUUAAGAGCAAUCAUUCCGCUGAAGAAAAUCAUAUCAUAGACGAAUGCAAAUUAGAAUUUCAUUGCAAUAUGUGCCCGGUAACUGUGGACUCGUUGAAAAAAUUGAAAAAUCAUAAGCGCAUACAUUUGCAAAGAUUUUAUUGCAGUGUAUGCUCUCGUGAGUUUGUGAGUAAGCAUGAGCACGCUUUUCAUGAGACCAUCUGUCAAGCCAAAAAUGAGGUUAAGUUGACCGAGAGUGAAGAAAGCAAAGAAUUCCUCAUACCGGGAAGACGUACGAUUCGAACUAGAUCCAGAGCAAUUACAUUUACGUCCUUAGUGUCGACGAACACUGUGAAAGAGGAAGAAACAAAAAUAUCUAAGCAAAUACCGACUACUAACGAAAGUUCGAGAGGGUGUAAGAUUAAGCUGCCAGAAGAAAAUACAGUUGGCAAGAAUGAAACGUCAAAACGGAAAGUUGAGAGCGGGACCCGUUUGCAACUCUCAGCAAAAAGCUAUAAAGAAAACGUUUCGAAAAGUAAUUCAGAAUUUUGCGAUCGGCUUAACUGGCAAAUUACCAACGCAAAGGAAUACGAUCUUCGUCUCUUGGAUCGUUUCAUAAAGCAAGUGCUCGCGAAAUCAUUUACAUGUUUUCAGCCUAAAUGUCAAUUCAAAACUGAUACCAUUUUGAAUAUAAUGUUACACGACUACGUACAUCAUUUUAAGAGCGCUUGGUUUUUUUGCAAAAAAUGCGGUGAUUGUUUUACAAGCAAAGUAUUUCUCGACUACCAUUUACAUCGGCAAGACAGAGGCCAUUAUUUGUGUUUCAAGUGCGACAAGUUUUUUUCCUAUCAGUAUGACCUGGAUCGUCAUUUAAUUGAACACAAUCGUUACCCUAAAUACCGUUGUGAUUACUGUAAAUCUGGAUUUCUUACUGUAGAAGAGUUGAACAAACACUUCGCUGCCCAGAGACCAUCAAUUAUUGAUCGAGAGUUGAGUAUGAUUGCAACUGAUGAUGAUAAAGAGAAACCUGCUUUGACUCGUGCUGAUGUGAAAUACGAAGUUAAAAUACUGGAUAUGAAACUUCCGAAAAUUCCCUCCAAAAUGCCUAAAUCUCUAGAUGUGAUGCGCCGUAACAUGCCACCCCAUCUAAGGAAUCCGUAUCGUCACUAUAAAAUUGGUCGAAUGGAAUUUAAAAAUCAACCUGUACCCAAUUGCUUAGCAAACUGGUGA